CAGUCUUUUUCCGGUACGCCAGGUACACAAAGUGUAAAAUACAUCCACCAUGACCGAUGUUGAAGUUCCCAAUGCCCCCGUGUUGAGCGGCGGUGCUAUGGAUGUGAACACAGCUCUACAGGAAGUUUUGAAGACUGCUCUCAUCCACGGUGGUCUAGUACAUGGUCUCCAUGAGGCAGCCAAAGCUCUGGACAAGAGACAAGCAGUUCUAUGUGUAUUGGCUGAGAACUGUGAUGAAGAUGCAUACAAGAAAUUAGUUCAGGCACUCUGCAAUGAACAUCAAAUUCCACUUGUCAAGGUUGACAACAACAAGAAACUUGGUGAAUGGGCUGGUCUAUGCAAAAUUGACAAGGAUGGCAAAGCGAGAAAAAUUGUUGGAUGCUCAUGUGUAGUUAUCAAAGACUUCGGUGAAGAGACUCCAGCCCUGGAUGUACUAAAAGACUACUUGAAAACUUCAAGCUAAUCUUUAGGUUUAAUGAUAUAAUUAAAAAACCAAAAAAAUA